GGGGCCUCGCUCCACUACUUAGCGCGUGCACAAAAGACAAAAAUUAUGGCGUGUAUCUUUCGAUUUUCUGUCGCAGGAUUCAUUCUCAUUUUGGACAUUUGGUGAGUCGCGGAACCAGAGUCCUGGUCGCACCGUGAAAGUGAAAGAAGGCGCACUCCAUCGGCUGCUGCGCUCGGCCCGCGCUGUGCUCCGCCCGCGCUGUGCUCAACCGCCGGCCGGUGAGAGCGAGCGCAGGAGGUCGGCCCGGGGGAAGGUCGGGCGCGGCGUUCGGUCGGGACGGAGUGCUGCGAUGUGUGGUGACGUGGCAAUGCAAUAAGCAGUUGAACAGUCGAGUCGAAGAAAUGCCACGUGGCAGUCUGGGGAGAGGGAGUUGGGCAUGUACGGUCAUCUUAUGAGAGGUGGGGAAGGGUGUUGAGAGGAUAUGAGGAGAGGACGGAACAUGGUGGGGCGAGCGAUGAGGGAGAACGAAGCAUAAAGUAAAUAACAUCUUCAUCAUUAAUUAACAAGGUGGGGCACGAUUGACUAAAGCGGGGUGUUUCAUCAGAUUGGCUAUCAGAGGGGUCUGCGAUGGGUCGCAGAUCGUCAUCAGGGGGAUCAUGGGGUGGCUACUUGCAUGCUGCGUACUACAUCCGCCGACCGAAGAAAUUUGCACUCAUCUGCGGGCUGUUCAUUGUGGCAAUGCUGAUUCUGAUGGAUCGACACAGCGCAGCUCGAGAGCUUAAGCUGCUAGAAGAAAAGCUCAAUAGGUUGAAGGCGGAUCGUAAGACGCUGGAAGAUAAGAUCAACCAAAUUGUGAAGACCAAUGAUAUUCAUGGGCCCGGUGGAACAGAUGGCGGCGAUCUGGACACGGAGAAAAAUGAAGAAGUGGUUGCUGUGGGGAAGGAGGGUCAGCCAGGUGGGAAAGAGACCGGUGUGCAAGGUGAUGACGGUAUCUCGGGACGGGAUUCUAAUUCCAAGAGAAAUCGGAAAGUUGGACCACUGGAGACCGAAGCAGUCUUGAGGGGCCACACGCAGAGCGAAGAGGAGCUGGAGAAUGAAAGGAGACGAGAGGCUGUGAAGGACGCUUUUCUGCAUGCAUGGAAGGGCUACGAAGAUUACGCGUGGGGGAUGGAUGAACUACAAUUAGAUGCAUCCAUGUUUGGUCGUGAUUGCAUCGCGAUACAUCUCGUACGGAAGUGCGAGUACACUCUCCGUCCGAUGGUGUUGGGAGGCUUGUUGAGUGCUUAUGACUUGUCAGGAGAUAAGCGCUUGCUCUUGAAGGCGAAGGAGCUGGCAGAUCGACUUCUGCCUGCUUGGCAAAGCCCCUCUGGCAUUCCCUACACAACUUUGAAUCUUGCAUCUGGUCGCACAUCGAAUGCGGGAUGGAGUGGGUACUCGAGCAUUUUGGCGGAUCUUGGUACAGAGACGCUGGAGUUUGUCGGGCUAUCGCAGCGUACCUUGGAGCCAAAGUACAAAGAAACGGUUGAAAAGACAAUAACGUAUAUCAGGGACCAUAUUUUCCCAGAUAACGGACUUGUCCCGAUUUACAUUAAUCCAGAGAGCGGAACUGCGGUUCACUCGAAGAUCACAUUUGGUGCUAUGGGGGACAGUUUUUAUGAGUACCUGUUGAAGGCAUGGAUACAGGGAGGCAAGACAGAAGAAGUUCAGUUUUAUUGGGACAUGUGGAAAAAGUCCAUGAAGGGCUUGAAGACCCUGGUACGGACGUCGAGCCCUUCGGGGUACGUUUAUCUGGCUGAGAGGGCUAAUGAUAACCUUAUUCCGAAGAUGGAUCAUCUAGCCUGCUUUGCGGCAGGAAUGUUGGCCCUAGGAGCUGAUGGACCUGAUCAAGAGGAAUACAUCAAGCUUGCUGAAGAGCUCGCAAGGACGUGCUAUGGAUUUUAUGAGAAAACGCCAUCGACACUAAGCGGGGAGAACUACAACUUCAUAGAUGGAAGGGAUUUCAUGGUGGGAACCCCGUAUAACAUUCUUCGGCCCGAAACGGUUGAAUCGUUGAUGAUUCUGUAUCGGGUCACGAAGAAGCCUAUAUACAGAGAUUGGGGCUGGAACAUCUUUCAGAGCUUUGAGAAGAAAUGCAAGGCCGAAGUCGGAUACGCUGGGUUGAGAGAUGUGACGAUAGACCCGCCAGAGAAGGAUGACACUAUGCAGAGCUUCUUCUUGGCGGAGACACUGAAGUACUUGUACCUGCUGUUUUCUGAACCCACAGUCAUCCCACUGGAUCAGUGGGUGUUCAACACAGAAGCACACCCCUUGAGAAUCAUUCCGAGGUUAGGAGGGCCUACACGGACAGGUACAACAACAUGACAACCUAACGAUUCCCUUCUUAGAUAGUUUCCUUUCUGUUGUCCAGCUUGCGGAUUGAGAAUCAUUCCGAGGUUAGGAGAAUAUCAUUGUGGGAUGGACAGGGCAUCGACCACCAACGGACCGAUGAUCUUGCCGAUUGCAGAUGGUAAUCCUCCGAAAGCCAAGUUUCGUUGUGUACAAGGCGGCGAUUUUCAAGGGGUGGGAAAGAGGGAGGGAAGCAAUGGAGAGAGAGAGAGGAGGGCGGCGAGGGAGGAGAUAAGGGGAGGAGAGGACCUGAUCGAAGCACUUGUUACUGGCAGUGGAUGGGGAUAAGAAGAGUUCCCUAAGGUCCCCGUUGAUGCAAUUUGUCGAGGAGCAGUUAGGGUGCCGUGGAUGGAAGGGCCUGGGUUGGUGAAUGCGGGGGUAUUAGCCUCUACUUGCCCAAGGGUUGGGGAGUGUACCGAAGGUUUUUAACUUUUUUCAAGUUUUUUAAUGUUUUUAUCUAUUGUGAAAUUCGGCUUGUCUUUUUUUCCCCUGUUUGGGGUGUACACCGAUGGUUUUAUUACUGUUUUAAAUUUAAAUCUAUUUGUGUCAUUUCUUUGUUCUCUUUGUUUUCCGUGUUUGAGAAGUGUUUGUUCGGUUGGUAGGUAAGACAAUUCUCCAUC